AUGAAGAAAUUCCUUCUCGAGUUAGAUCCAGACGCCGAUGCGCUGCUCAUCUUGCAGAGUCCCAAUUUGCAACAAGUCCAUGCAGCAAAGGAAGUAGAUUUGCGGGUUACGACAGACAAAGCCGAACCGAAAACGACUACCUCGGCCCCAGCCAAAGGGAAAAAGAAGAGCAAAACAUUAACAGACCUCAAAAAGAUCAAGUCUUUACAACCAUAUCGGGAGGAUGGCAGUCCUAAUGAGGUUGAAUUUCGGGUAUCUACCAAGCAUCUUUGCAUCGCGUCACCAGUCUUCCGCAAGAUGAUACAAGGCAACUUCCAGGAAUCGCAACCCAACGAAAACGGGCUAUUUGAAAUCAGAACCUCGGAUUGGAAUACCCAAGCUCUUCUGGUCUUACUUGAUAUUAUACAUGGCCACCAUCGCCAAGUGCCUAGAGACCUAGAUCUCGACACUAUAGUACAAAUUGGGUUCCUUGUUGAUUACUAUGACUGCCUGGAAGUUGUUGAAAUCUUCUUUGAACGGUGGCAAGCGCAUAUCAGCGAUUGGCGGAAAUAUUCUUGGAUCCUCUUUGGCAAAAUCUCAGUGGAUCCGUUUGGUGAAUCUCAGUUAUUAAUGUUGUUUGUUGCCUUUACAUUUCGAGACGAAGUGGUUUUCAAGAACCUUACAGUUUCCGCAAUACUCACAACAUCCGGCCAUAUUGAGACACAUCUACCAAUACCAAGCCAGAUCCUCGGUAUGUACUCUAGCUUAAUAUAUCAUAUAGACAAAGUGGCUAAUCCUGAGUAG